AUGGGUAAGGAGAAGACACAUAUCAACAUUGUUGUAAUUGGUCACGUCGACUCCGGAAAAUCAACUACUACCGGACAUUUAAUAUACAAAUGUGGUGGCAUCGAUAAAAGAACAAUUGAGAAGUUUGAAAAGGAAGCUCAAGAGAUGGGGAAGGGUUCGUUCAAGUACGCUUGGGUACUGGACAAACUAAAAGCGGAACGUGAACGUGGUAUUACGAUUGACAUUGCAUUAUGGAAAUUCGAAACUGCGAAGUACUACGUAACAAUUAUUGAUGCUCCUGGCCAUCGUGAUUUUAUUAAAAACAUGAUUACUGGUACUUCGCAGGCUGACUGCGCCGUAUUGGUUGUUGCGUGUGGUACUGGUGAGUUCGAAGCUGGUAUCUCGAAGAAUGGACAAACUCGCGAACAUGCUCUACUUGCUCAGACACUUGGGGUGAAGCAGAUGAUCGUAGCUUGUAAUAAAAUGGAUUCCACUGAACCACCGUAUUCUGAGUCACGUUUCAAUGAGGUUGUGACGGAAGUUUCUAACUAUAUCAAAAAGAUUGGUUACAACCCAAAAGCUGUUCCUUUUGUUCCCAUAUCUGGAUUCAAUGGUGACAACAUGCUAGAACCUUCCUCUAAUAUGCCGUGGUUCAAAGGCUGGACAGUUGAGCGAAAGGAGGGCAAUAUGUCUGGCAAAACUCUGCUGGAAGCUCUCGACUCAAUAGUGCCUCCGUCACGUCCAACUGACCGACCACUUCGUCUUCCCCUCCAAGACGUUUACAAGAUUGGAGGUAUUGGAACAGUUCCUGUUGGCCGUGUGGAAACGGGUAUUUUAAAACCUGGCAUGGUAGUGACCUUUGCACCACAAAACUUGACAACUGAAGUCAAGUCAGUAGAAAUGCAUCACGAGGCUUUACAAGAGGCACUGCCUGGUGACAAUGUCGGAUUCAAUGUAAAAAAUGUUUCAGUUAAAGAUAUCCGUCGUGGGUCUGUGUGCUCCGAUUCGAAGAACGAUCCAGCGAAAGAAACAAAAAGUUUUACGGCUCAGGUCAUUAUAAUGAAUCAUCCUGGUCAGAUCUCUGCAGGUUACACUCCCGUUUUGGAUUGCCAUACAGCCCAUAUUGCUUGUAAAUUCGCUGAAUUGAAAGAGAAAGUUGAUAGACGUUCAGGCAAGAAAGUUGAGGACAAUCCAAAGUUCUUGAAAUCUGGUGACGCUGGUAUCAUUGAAUUAAUACCGACAAAGCCAAUGUGUGUUGAAACAUUUACGGAAUAUGCGCCACUUGGACGUUUUGCUGUACGGGACAUGAGGCAAACAGUUGCUGUUGGCGUGAUCAAAGCAGUCGAUAAGAGUGAUUCUACCGGUAAGGUUACGAAGGCAGCGCAGAAAGCUGGAGCAACUGCCAAGAAGAAGUAA